AUGAUUGCCGUGGUGCCAUCUGUGGUACUGCUUGUACUGGGAGUAGUAGCAGGAAUUCUUGGUUACCGGUGGAGAAAAAAGAAACAAAGCGACAACCUUGAGUUUCAAUUCCAUCCCGAUAUUCUAGAAUUACGUACAGGUGUGAACAGGCCACCAUCCCCACUUCCCCCGCCUGUGCCUGCUCGGCCACAGUUCCUGGAGUACGAGGUGAACCCGACUGAUCUACAGCUGAACGAACAGAUCGGCAGAGGUGCCUUCGGUAUCGUCUUCCUCGCCACUUUAAAGAGGGCUGUUGACGGUCUUCUCACCGAACAAACCGUGGUGGUCAAAACUGUCCAUGAAGAUGCAGGGGAAGAGGAAAUCAAAAAUUUCAUACGUGAGAUGGACACCACCAUCACCCUGAGGCAGCAUAUCAACCUGUUGGGUCUUGUGGGCUGCUGCACGAUGUCCCACCCUCCCUACCUGGUGACGGAGUACAUGCCGUAUGGGGACCUCAAGAACUUCCUACUCAAGUGCAGAAAGGUAAAGUUGAGUGAGAGGCUCCGAGACAGUAUGUAUGACUUCAAUGAGAUGGAGGUCUACCAAGUAGCGCGGCAGAUAGCAAAUGGAAUGACGUACAUUUCCCAGGCUGGUUACGUGCAUGGUGAUCUGGCUGCCCGAAACGUGCUGGUAGGAGAGGACCUGGUGGUGAAGAUCGCAGACUUCGGCCUGACAACAGACAUCUACGAGCGAGGCUACCAGCGGCAGGACGCGGAUCAGAAGAUCCCAUUGAAGUGGAUGGCACCAGAAAGGCUGCAGCGAGAGGGCCGGUACACAAGCAAGAGUGAUGUUUGGUCCUUCGGUGUGUUGCUGUACGAGAUCGCUACGUUAGGGAACGUGCCCUAUGCGGGUCUAGAUCGCACGCUUCUGGAUGAACUCCGCACUGGAUACCGAGAACCACGCCCUCCUGGGCUUCAACAAGACCUGUACGACAUGAUGCUGCGGUGCUGGCAAUGGGAGGAAGAUGAUCGCCCAGAGUUUGAGAAUCUUUACGAUGAGCUGGACGCUGUGGUAGAGUCCAUGGCCAAGGGUUAUAUAAAACCCGGUUCCGGCUCCCCAGGGGGUGAGAAUGGGGCGGCAGUAGCUACCGAAAACGCGUACGACAUCCCGAGGUCGGCCCAAAUGAGGAUGCAGCUCCACGUCACUGCAGACGUCUACAACAGCGAAGAUCGUGAUGAAAUCGACUCACUCGCCUCCUCAAAUGUAGAAUCCAGUUCCACACCAAUAGGGGGGCAUUUGGAUAAUCACGAAAUCUCCGACACCGAGCUACCACGGUCAACGAAUGACCAUAUUGAGGGCAACUCUCGUGAUGCUGAAGAAGAUAUGAAGAAGUCUCCAACAACAGAAGAAACUGUGGAUAAUGUCUAA